AUGAAGGUCGAUUCGGGGAGUUCUUCCAAUAUCAUCCACUGGAAGUUGGUGAAAGAGAUGGGCCUGUCGAAAAAAUCAUACCGGCUACAAGGGCCUCUAGUAGUUUCAACAUGUCCAAAGGAAACUACUAAGCGAGAGAUCGACUUACCCGUGAAAGCCGGAGGAGUUAUCAAAGAAACCAAGUUCUAUGUGAUUAACGGUGAUAUGCAUUAUAACACGAUCUUCGGAAGACUUUGGCUCCAUGAAACGAAGGUGGUACCCUCAACUCGGCACUUGCUACUAAAGUUCCCUACUCCAGAAGGGAUCAGGCAGAUCCUGGGGGAGCUGCCGGAAUCAAAGGAUAUGUUCAAAGUUGAAGAGCUAGAAGCAAGCAAAGCAGUCGCAGUCGAUCCAUAG